CGCCGCCGUGGUACCCCCGCCCAGCUCUCGGGUUCGCUCGGUCUCUCACUUGCCGAGACACAGACAGACGGCAGCUUUCCCAGCAAGCAGGAGACAGGCUUAGGCAGCUCGCGCAGAGAAGACCUGAGCACCAGGAGAGAAGGCAAAGCCCGGAGCCUCAUCCCCUCUCUCCGUGAGAGCCUUCUGAGACCUCGGGCAGCUCCCAUCCCUGCACAAGCCCUUUCACGGUCACUUUGCGGGGCUUGCCGGGACUUGGGGACGUGUCUCGGGAAGAGCCAGGGCAGGAAGCAGGGGGUGGCGGAGCGAGGGUGCGCACGCUGGGACUGGAGAGGAGUGAGUGGCGGGCUGGGCGGAGGCGGCGGUGGCCGUAGGCGCGGGUGCCUCUCCGCCUCGCAUCUUCGCAGGCAGCACCGCCUCCCGGCCGCGGCGGCCCGCCGGGUCCUCUGCGCGUUCCCGGGCCGGAGCCGGCGCACGAUGCGCCCGGCUGCGUUCUGAUCCUCGCCGCGCCGCUGCCUCCGCCGCGAUGCUUCCCCCCGAGCCGCCGCAGCAGCAGCUGCAGCCGCCGCCGCCGGCCCCACAGAACCAUGUGGUGACCACCAUCGAGAACCUGCCGGCCGAGGGCAGCGGCGGCGGCAGCCUGUCCGCCUCCUCCCGGGCUGGCGUGCGCCAGAGGAUCCGCAAAGUGCUGAACAGGGAGAUGUUAAUCUCCGUGGCUCUAGGCCAGGUGUUAUCCCUACUUAUUUGUGGAAUUGGCUUGACCAGCAAGUACUUGUCAGAGGAUUUCCACGCCAAUACACCUGUCUUCCAGAGUUUCCUCAAUUACAUCCUUCUCUUCCUGGUCUAUACUACCACACUAGCUGUCAGACAAGGAGAAGAAAACCUCCUGGCAAUUUUACGACGAAGAUGGUGGAAGUAUAUGAUUCUGGGACUCAUAGACCUGGAAGCCAAUUACCUGGUGGUCAAGGCCUACCAGUACACGACUCUGACCAGUGUCCAGCUCCUGGACUGUUUUGUGAUCCCAGUCGUGAUUUUACUCUCCUGGUUCUUCCUGCUGAUCCGGUACAAGGCUGUGCAUUUCAUCGGUAUCGUCGUCUGCAUCCUGGGAAUGGGCUGCAUGGUGGGAGCAGAUGUGCUUGUGGGAAGGCACCAGGGAGCAGGGGAAAAUAAGCUGGUUGGGGACCUUCUGGUCUUAGGAGGAGCCACACUCUAUGGUAUCUCUAAUGUCUGGGAAGAAUACAUCAUUCGAACGCUCAGCCGAGUGGAAUUCCUGGGAAUGAUCGGACUCUUCGGGGCAUUUUUCAGUGGAAUUCAGUUAGCUAUAAUGGAGCACAAGGAGCUGUUAAAGGUGCCCUGGGAUUGGCAAAUAGGCCUGCUCUACGUCGGCUUCACUGCCUGCAUGUUUGGUCUCUACAGCUUCAUGCCGGUCGUCAUAAAGAAAACCAGCGCCACUUCGGUCAACCUCUCCCUGCUCACAGCAGAUUUGUACAGCCUGUUCUGUGGGCUGUUUCUCUUCCACUACAAGUUUUCAGGACUUUAUCUCCUGUCCUUCUUCACCAUCCUCAUUGGGCUGGUGAUCUACUCCUCCACCUCCACGUACAUAGCCCAGGACCCCCGGGUGUACAAGCAGUUCCGCAACCCUUCGGGACCUGUUGUGGACUUACCAGCCACGGCUCAGGUGGAGCCUUCGGUCACCUACACCAGCCUGGGCCAGGAGACAGAAGAGGAGCCCCAUGUCCGUGUGGCCUAGGAUGAGGCCCGCCCCGCCCACUGAGCGCAACUCAGUGGUCACGUGUCCGCCCAUCAUCUCUGUAUUGUACAUAGAGAAAGGUAUUUAUUAGGUGCAGUUUACACAGGUGGACUGCAAGGUAGCAAAUCCAAAAGCUUGUAAAAGGCACAAGCUAAACGUCCCUGGAGACACAGGCUCUGAUCCACCUGACUUGGAGAGACACAUCGCUUGUGUGUAUACUGAUCGCAACCCCCCUGCAUUAAUUACUGUGAAAAUUUUUGAAUCAAAAGCAAGUAUUAUUAUUUGUAUUAUUAUUGUUACUCUUACUACACUGAGUUUCAGGAGGAUGUUUUGUACUCCUGGUGGAAACUAUUGCCAGACCCACAUGUAGUUAACAUAAAUCCCACUUUUCUAUGGCAAGUCACUUUUUAAGACUCAUACUUUAUUUUUUGCACAGUGUAUGUGAGUGCUGCAUGCCACAGGAGCUCCGCCCUGAGAACUUUCCUUAUCCUAGAGACCUGGUGGCUGAUGGUUUCCUCUGUUCCCUGUUGGAUUGCCUGCUCAAUGAGUAUUUUGUGCUAUGACCCUUGUGGGGAGGGGCAACUGACCAUAUAACUCUCUAUUCUAGGAAUAGAUAUAAAACAAACAUGUUAGCCAUUUUAUACUUUGAUCUCUGAUUACUCCAGGCCAUUGCCUUUCUGUUGUGCCACCUUGACUCUGCUAAUCAAGUUCCAGAAAUAACAGGAUAAGGAACGUUCCAUUUCUGUGGCUUAUGGGAAACCCCAGUACUAUAAUUUGUGUUGAGGGUAAUAUGUGUGUUUAUAUAUUAAAAUAUUUCUGCCCCUCUCUAUAUACCCCCCUUCAAAAAUAGAUUUGCUUUCCUUUUUCCCUAGAUUUCUUUAGUGAAAUAUGGAAGGUAAUCGAGCUGUUAGAAAAACCCAUGCCCCUCUGCCAUAUUAAUUGUGUGACACCCUUUGAAAUACAUCAGCAUGCAAAUCACCUUUAUUGUGGAAUAUUGUUGGCUGGGAGGCCUCCAAACAAAGUCAAGGUGCUGAUAUGGAGAGGUCUUUGACAAUAGCUCAAUUGAUCUAGUAACUCUGUAGUGGUAAAGGUGUCACCCAUGAGAAAGUUUGGCAUUUUGGUCAUAUUUGGCAUCCAUUCAAUAACAGAAUAUAUCUAGUCUAAUACAAUGUUCUUAUGGAUACAGAGAAUAUUACAUGGUCCUGAAAAGGCUCUGAGGAAUAAGUCACUAGUCUAAUUCUAUUGCCCUUAAAAUAACCCUUUCCCCAAAACACAGAAAAUUAAGAAAUAUCACAGAUCUCUAUGAUUUAGAAAUAGAUUCUAUAUGUCAAUAUGUGUUUGGCUGGUUUCCAUGUCAUUCAAAAAACUCUUCAAUGGGUGAAACUUUGGGCAAUUAAAAUCAAUGAAUCUUAAGGAAGUAAAGCAAAACACCAGAGGUAUCUCUAUAAAGUAGAAGGACAGCUUGCAGCUCAGUCAAGACUCCCAUCUAGCCUGAACAAGGCCAAAUACGGAGGCAAAAGCAUCCCACACUGUCUGUCGACACCCAUGUGGCCCCCUGCAUGCCUUCCGCCCAGGGCAGGUGCUCCUGUUCUUGAAAGCAGGGAAGAAAACUCAUCUUCUCUGAUAUACAGAUCUUACAGUCAUCUGUGUUCAGCCCCCUUAGGGACAUGCCUUACUUUGUCUGAAAAAGUAUGUAUUAAAGCUGUAUCAGUUCAAAACAACUUUGCCAAUGUCUGCUCUCUGCUACCUUUUAAACCAAUUAAAUACCUUUCUCUGAUUAUUUUGUCCAUUCAGACCUGAAGACCUUUAAAGACUGUGGUUUUAUUUUUGUGUUUACAUUUCUUUGGUUUGCAUAAUUUGCUUGAUUUAUUGCAUUUUUAGUAUUUAUUUUAAGCCAAAUGUUUUCCUCUUUUUUAUUCAUUUUUUAAUGACACUAAUUUGUAGACGCUUAGUAAAGUCUUAUGAGAAAUAAGUGGAUGAAAGUUUUCCUAGUCGACCCAGUGGACUGGGAAUCUUUUUUAAAAUUUAAAUUUUAAAAAUGUUUGCAAUUAGUGGAUGGCUAAAAGUUGCCAUUUGAAUUCUUUCCUUGGAUAUUGUAAUUGAUUCCAUUGUAUGGAAAUCAAGUGUGAGCGUUAGAUGAAUUCACCGUACACCUUUAUCAUCCAGUGUCCUUGUACAUGCGACAUUCAUGUCACUGGGGUACUUCACUGUGUGGGUUUGUCUCCAUUUAGAAAGGCUGGUAACACUGUACUGUCCGAGAUCAAGAGUUCCAGAUCAACCCUUUGGAAAAAAAGAAAAUAGCAGAGAACAAACUUUUUUUCUGUUAAAACUAUUGAUCCUUUGGGAGUGGGGUGGGAAAUGGGUAUAAGACAGUCACUCAGGCUGUUUCUGUUUCUGAAAUUUUGUAACAUCAGUAAACACCAGCAAAAAUUUGAGUUUUCAAUGCAUCACCCCUCCUCCAUGAAUGGGAUGAGCAAUUUGGAUAGAAUUUGAUUGGAUAAGCACCCCACAGCUUUCCUAACCCCACCUAGAGAUAAGUGGUGGUUCUUACCGCCUGAAUGAACACUUUUGCACUGGGGACAGAGCUUGCCUUGGUCACACCUUCCCACAGCUCCAAACUCUGAAGUGUGCAACUGGGUAGACCAAGCAACAGAAACAUUUGCACCACUGUGUCACCAUGAAAAUGUUUCGAUGUUUAGUUUAGAUAUUGCUAACUUGUGCUAUUAACCUUUUAAAGAGCGUGUAGUAUUGUUUGUUUUGGGUUUGUUUUUGAUUUAUAACCAUUUAGUAGUCCCCAGCUAGCUACCAGUACAGAUUUUACCCCAUGGGUAGGAUUCUAUUGUCAAGCCACAUAACAAAGCACAUUAAUCCAGACACUGCAAAUGGAAAAUAUGAACCAAAAAGAAAAUUUACACCCACAAAUUGAACAAACUCUCCAUUUUUGAUAUUUGCAUGCUCCCCUAUGGACUGGCUGUGGCAAUGUAAUGCCUGUAUAAUGUUUUCAAAUAAAAAUAAAUGCUUUAUGAAAGCACCAA